AUGGUGCGCAAACUCAAGCAUCAUGAGCAGAAGCUCCUCCGAAAGGUCGAUUUCAUCACCUACAAGCAGGAUAAUGACCACAGAGAUGCUGCAGUUAUCCGUCGUUAUAUGAUCCAGAAGCCCGAGGACUACCACCGCUAUAACCGUCUCUGUGGCUCCGUCCGGAAACUCGCACAUCGCCUAACCCUCCUGCCACCCGACAGCCCCGUGCGGCGCAAGCAUGAGGAUCUGCUGCUCGAAAAGCUCUACGACAUGGGUAUCAUCUCCUCAACCUCCAAGCUCAGCGCCGUCGAACACGACGUGACCGUGUCGGCGUUUGCCCGGCGGCGGCUGCCCGUCGUUAUGACCCGCCUCAAGAUGGCCGAGACGGUGCAGGCUGCUACAAAGAUGAUCGAGCAAGGCCACGUCCGUGUCGGUACCGAUACCAUUACCGACCCGGCUUACCUCGUCACCCGUAACAUGGAGGACUUUGUCACUUGGGCUGUGGGCAGCAAGAUUAAGAGGAAUAUCAUGAAGUACAGAGACAAGCUGGACGAUUUCGAGCUGCUGUAG